CCUCUGCUUCGUAGUUGUUGGGGUAUGCGGGCGCAUUAACAGUCCUCACCGCCCUCCAUUCCUCACCCACUAUUCCUUCUAGCUUGCUUCUUCACGCGUCAUGCGUCUAGUCAGCUUAAAGUCACAAGCUCUCUUGUCACCUUGUUUCUCAUUAGGCCGCGUGGGAGCGGUCGUGCUUUGUCGCGCUGAGCACACAUCGGGAGCAUGGUGAACGCAGCCGAGUCCAAGAAAUAUAUCGGCAACGCGGCCUUGUACCUGGACCUUGAAAGGUCCAGAAACCGGACUUUUCUUAGACGAAACGUCACCCAAGUGCUCGAGAGCCACAAAAGAGCGCUAGAUGCCCCAGAGACCGACGCCCUGGACAGCAGCAUGUGGAAUGACUAUGGCAACAAUCACGCAUGGGAAUUUCCAACCAGAGAGGCCUUGGAUCUUCUGGCUCGGCGUAGCCAACCCUUGCUGAAAAUAGACAUCAAAUCCCUUCUGCCCACCAAACCGGACCAAGCCAAUCAAGACCAUCCGGAACUGGCUUCCAAUCUGUUCACAGCCGAAUGCCGGAUCGACUUCAAAAUCUGGACGAUCGGAGAAGAAAGAAACGUCAAGGACGUCCUGGUUGUCGAUUCACGUCGCGCGACGUUGCAAGCCCGGCGGACUGAACAGGGACACAAGGUUUUUUUCGAUGUCUCGAUGGAAGAGCCACUCGUUAUCAAGUUGGAAAAACUGCUCGUCAACGUUCCCAGAGGCCCUAAUGAGUCUGGGUUCAAGAAAACUGUAGCCUCCUCAUAUACGCUGGCAUUCGUGUUCUCUUUUCCAACCCCAGAAGACGCAGCGGUGGUUGUUCCCAUCCUGAACGGCCAGGGACAUGAGCUUCCCAAAAACCUGGCCCUACUUCAAGUACGCACAAAAGGGCGAUGGUUGCCAAAAUGCCCUCCCGGUCCCUUCCGCUUAAGUCGAAUAACGAAUAAAGAAGUCAAGGAGCUGGAUUACUCGGUUAAUGCAGAGAUUGGUUGGCAAACCAGCACAGAGACGCGAUUACAAACAUAUAACCGCGUACUGCGCAGUGCAAGAGCGACCAGGGAGCCGCAAAUAACGCCGUCUGCCUCGACAGUUCGGCAGUCUGGCAAUAAGAAAGUCCAACUCACAUAUCUCUUCAAGGGUCCACUUAGAGCAAAAUCACUCUCGCUAGAAGGGUGCCUAUGCAUUUUCUGUCACAGACGAGAUUUCCAUACGUUAGAGAGGCUCAAUCACCACAUAAAAGCUGAGCACGAUAUGCUGAGAUGCAAGUUCGAAAACGAAGGAAAUACUCGCCGCGAUGGUAAUAUCGUAAAUGUCAGCAUUGAAGUCAGUAUUUCCGACCGCUAUAGCGAUGCACGAGCCAGUAACAACGUCGCCGAUGCACGCGACAUCGACUGGAUUGCCCCUAAAAAACCAUUCAACAUGGCUCGUUAUCUUGCGGGAGACGAAUCCUGGGUAGCGGAGGGGCAGGGAAGCAAACGAAAAUCGCAUGCUUCAAGGACCCCGGCCGUAGCAGCGGCUCUAAAUAGGGUGCAGCCAAAGAGGCCAUCAGAAGUCUUAGAUCUGCCAGAGCCUAAGCGCAAAAAGUACAAGGUACCAAAAGCCAACGGGAGAGUGCGCUUUUUCAGGACCGACUCCAAGCGCAUGUUGGAAGAAGGCGAAUAUCUCAGUGAGAGCGACGACGACACUAAUGAGGCCUGGCUCAAACUACGAUGUAACCAAGCCACACAGCAAGUCGACGCGAACGUGUCGCAGAAAACCUUCAUGAUGACAUGGGGCGAUCAUAUGCUGGAUGAGCAGCUCUCGGGCGACAUACACCUUGGAGAUGCCGUAGUACGGUUUGUGCGCAAACAUCUUCCCACUCUCCAACGGCCAGACCAAAGUCGAGAGUUUACAAAGAAGAUGGAGGAAUUGCGCGAAGACGGGAUCAUCUCACAAGAAGUUUUUGACGCUUGCAAAGAUGCCCUUGUGCACGGGUUGAAGCCUAUUGCGCUAGAUCCCGAGUUAGCCCCCAGGUCGAACCAUGUCUGCACAGCUCUCAGAGAGAGUAGCACCAGGGCGAACCUAAUGUCAUCUUCAAGGACACACAAAGCCCAGAGUGGAUCACACGUUGGCGUUGGUGUGAAUGAGAAUGGGGAGAAGAGUGCCUCCGGACGAAGGUCACACUCGCUAGCUACAGAUGAAGUACUAGGCGAAGAGACGACGGCACAAGACAGAGAUGGUGACAUUGAGAUGAUGGAUGAGCCAAGACACGAAAGGAGUAUCACCAAGCCACCUCUGUGGGAGGAGGCGGCUGAGGAGCCUGCGGUAGCCAUACAGACUGGAUGCACAUGUGGAAAGGUCGUUGAGGACAAUCGCACAGCCAUCUGCUGCACUAGCCUGGAUUGUCGGCGCCAGGAAUUCCACCUGAAGUGCAUACAACUUGAUCGAAGGGUGCCUGGUUGGAAAUGCCCCGAUUGCCGAUAAGGAUGGAUUUUGGGCUUGACUUGAUCAAAUACUAAUAGUAGCAUGACAAUCUUCUUAAAUUCUUGCUCUUUCCCCGAAUUAGUUACCCGCCCUGGACUAGGCAGCCGGAACAAAGAGGUCGACUACUAGUUACGCAGGGCACUGAGCAGCAUAGAUAGGGCGUUUAGGUGUAACUACUCGGUAGU